ACAGAUGCCAGAGAGGUUUUAAAUCCUGUCAGCUCCUCACACACAGUUUAGAUAUUUCAGAUGACUGUCCACUCUUUAUCUCCGCAGUGACUGUAUCAGCACACAGGGUGUGUUCCAGUGCAAGGCCAGUCUGUGCAGAGGAGUGUUCCUGUUGUGGGUUGCAGGGAGCACUUCAUCCAGGCUCAGCAUUUCCUGUGCUGCCCGGGGGCAUAUUCAGAGCUCAGCUCUGACACCAGAAGCCUCUUUUCCUUCAGGAGCAGGUGACUCCACUGCUCAGUGAUGUGACACAGCCCACCCACUCUCUUCACCCCCCAUUCCUUACAUUCUCCACCUCUGAUAGUCUGUACAAGACGGGCUGGAAUAUAUUACCUAAGGAGACUGCAGUAAAUAUGGAAAAGGCCUUGGGAGGAAGGAAGUUGCUGGAGAUGGUCUCUGUGAUCAGGGGGACCUUGAAGACGGCAUCCAGUGCCCCAGUGAGCAUUGCAGUGACUGGAGAUUCUGGCAAUGGCAUGUCCUCCUUCAUCAAUGCACUGCGGGGAAUUGGGCAUGAGGAAAACGACUCAGCUCCCACUGGAGUGGUGAGGACUACUCAGGUUCCCACUCACUACUUUUACCCCCAUUUUCCCAAUGUGGUGUUGUGGGACCUACCCGGAACAGGGGCAGCUACCCAAAGCCUGGAGAACUAUCUGGAGGAGAUGCAGUUUAGCCAGUAUGACCUCUUCAUCAUCAUUGCAUCUGAACAGUUCAGCAUGACUCUCGUGAAGCUUGCUAAAACCAUCCAGGGCCUGGGAAAGAGAUUCUAUAUUGUCUGGACUAAGCUGGACAGGGACCUCAGCACAAGUGCCCUCUUGGAGGAACGACUCCUGAAGAAUAUUCGGGAUAAUAUUCGGGAAACUCUCCAAAAGGAGGGAGUGUGUGAACCCAACAUAUUCCUGGUCUCCAGCUUUGACCCCUUAUUGCAUGGCUUCCCAGAGCUUAGGGUUACCUUGCAUAGGGACAUUUCUGACAUCAGGUACCAUGGUCCCCUAGAGAAUCUGUCCCACACUUAUGAGAAGGCCAUUAAUGAUGAAGUGACCACUUGCAGGGAGAAAAUAUCCUCAAAGUCUUUCGACACCCUUGGCAUCCAGAAUGCAGAUGAUCUGGAGGAGAGUCUGACAGCCUACCACUUGCUCUUUGGUGUAGAUGAUGAAUCUCUCCAGCAGAUGGCUCAGAGUAUGGGGAAACCCACAGAGGAGUACAGGGCCAUUAUGAAGUCUUGGGAUCUAUACACUGUCCUCAGAGGGGACUGGCCAUUAUCUUUCAUGAAUUGUAAUACAGUCUCUUGCUUAUAUUCAAUUCUGAGCUACAUCCCACUCUUAGGUGACUUUAUUUUCAACUCCCUGAGAAAGUGGAAACACAGACGCCUCCUUGAAAUAGUUUCCAAGGACACCAAAGCCAUCCUGAAGAAAAUCCUGACAGACUCCAUCAUCUGAAGAGGUGGUGUUUCAGCAGGUUCCUUCUGGAGGGAAGUUAGGACAUCUGGGGUUCUCUCCUCACACUGUCCCCUUUCUGAAUUUUCAAUCAAGCUCAAUUACUUCCACUUUCAUUGAUUCUAAGUUCCUUGAGGUAUAUGAGAUGACUUGCCCAUUUUGAACCCAUGUCAGGAAGUUCCCAAAUAUGUUCUACUUUUGUCAUUUAUUAAAUGAGCCUGUAUCCAAAGGUGGAAGAAAAGAUCUGCUCACUGUGACAUACAAUCUCAUUCUGACAUCCCCUUAUCACUUAACUUGAACAUCAUUUUUCUGAUGCCCGUGUUCUUUCACUUCUCAUUUCACACUCUGUGGACUCACACAAUCUUGACCUGCCCAUAGGUCAGUGGUAGACCCUUUAAGAUGGCCUCCAAAAUUUUCUCCUAUUUUCAUGGCUAUGUUUAAUCCCUUUCCCUGGAGUGACUAAUAGAAUAUGGCAGCAAUAAUGGAAUGUCCAAAAAUUCCAGAACUUUGUUAUGAAAAGUGCAGCUCUGUCUUAUAAAUGCUCUGUUCACUGGCUCUGUCUUGCUCCUGCUCCAGCUCUGUCUCCCUCCCUCUCUCCAUCUCCCUCUCCCUUUUCCUCUCUCUGCCUACUAAUCACAGAAAUUUUAAACUAACCUGCUGGAGAGGUCCUGAAGAAUCAGAGGUUAUGUGGAGGAGAACAGAGGCAGCCUGCAUUAACUGCCAGGAAUAUAAAUACCUCAUCUCGGGAACAAAUCCUCUAGCCCCAGCAAGACUUCAGAAGAUGCAGCCCAGAUGGUAGCUUGACUGCCACCUCAGGUCUCUCCCUUAUCCAGAACCACACAACUGAGACUGUUCCUGGAUUUCUGACCCUCAGAAACUAUAAACAAAUAAACACUUGUUUUAAGCCACUAAGUUUCAGGGUAAUUUGAUCCACAGCAACAGAUAACAGAUAAUACCAUCAAGAAGCUCCUUACAGAACUGGCAGUUGUGAGUGACCUCCUCCUUCUGUGAUAGUCACUCCUGUAUGGACCCAGCAUGAAGGAGCUGCACCCUAUUCAAUCACACCCCUUCCCUCAUUGGCCCCUGGACAUGUCCUUCCCUGCUAUCUACAGAAGGACCAGUCUCUGCAAACAUUCACAGGUCAUUUCAUCCAGCCUCAGGCCACACAGAGUUAAGCAGUUUGAGGCUCUAUAUUUAAGAAGAAAAAGCUAGAUAGAGCCAUGCUAAGUAGUGAGAGGGAGAGUAAAUGACAGUAGAAUGUGAGCACUCCCCUGAGGAAGAGCAGGCUAGGGUUCUCCAUGAAGGUGUCUUGUGCAACAUCUCUAAUUCCCAUUCUCACUUGGACUAGUUGCUCUCUUAGCCUGGAGCACAGGUCUCACUCACAUCCAUCCAUUACCUUAGUGGUGUUGGUGCUUCUUGGAUUCCCUGUUCCCUGUUCAUUUAUAUUGCAUCCAUUCUCAAACAACGUGAGAAAAACGUUCUCUGUGUGGUAAACUUUCUGAGUAUUUGCAUUUCAAAUUAAUGCCUUUAUUUUGUGAUCACUUUCAAUAAAUAGUUUAACUGAGUAUUGGA